CCCUGUGCUCUCUUCUGGCUGUGUUACUGAGCUCUACUUCUCUCCAGAUCUUCACUCAACAGCUCACUCACUUCACCGACCAUGAGUAUGAGAUCAAGUUACAGCGUGCGUUCCUCCAACUCCCAGGUGCCGCUGUCCCAGAUGUCCAUCAAGCGCACCACCACCAGCAGUGGCAUGCCUACGUAUCGUGCUGCCAGCAUCUACGGUGGAGCCGGUGGUCAGGGAACCCGCAUCUCCUCUGCCUCUUACUCAGGUGUCCGCAGCGGAUUUGGGAUGCCCUCGAUGUCCGGCUCUAUCCAGGUGAACGCCACUGGAAACACAGGUGAGAUCAUGGGCAACGAGAAGAUGGCCAUGCAGAACCUGAACGACCGUCUGGCCUCCUACCUGGAGAAAGUGAGGAUCCUGGAACAGGCCAACAGCAAGCUGGAGCUGAAGAUCAGAGAGGUUCUGGAGAAGAGAGGUCCUGAUGUACAUGACUACAGCCGAUACCAGCCGAUCAUCGACGAACUGCGCAGGAAGAUCUUCGAUGCCACCUCGGACAAUGCCCGUCUUGUGCUCCAGAUUGAUAACGCCCGCCUGGCAGCUGAUGAUUUCAGAGUCAAGUAUGAAUCUGAGCUCUCCAUUCGCCAAGGUGUCGAGGCCGACAUCGCAGGGUUGAGGAAGGUCAUCGAUGACACCAACCUGAGCCGCAUGAACCUUGAGAGCGAGAUCGAGGCCCUCAAGGAGGAGCUCAUCUUCCUUAAGAAGAACCACGACAAUGAGGUAAUGGAGCUGCGUAACCAGGUCUCCCAGUCUGGAGUGCAAGUGGAUGUUGACGCUCCCAAGGGACUUGACCUGGCCUUGAUCAUGGAGGAGAUGAGGUCCAAAUACGAGAAAACGGCUCUGAAAAACCAGGAGGAGCUCAAGGCCUGGCACGAAUCACAGAUCACAGAUGUACAGGUACAAGUCAUACAGAACACAGAGGCUCUCCAAGGUGCCCGUACAGAAGUCAACGACCUCCGCAGGCAGGUUCAGACAUUGGAGAUCGAGCUGGACUCACAGAAGAACCUGAAAGGAUCACUGGAAUCCACUCUCCGUGACAUAGAAAUGCGCAACAACAUGGAGAUGGAGGGUCUCAACAGCAUCAUGCUGCAACUGGAAGCUGAGCUCACGCAACUGCGCAACCAAAUCCAGCAGCAGACGCAAGAGUAUGAGGCUCUGUUGAACAUUAAGAUGAAGCUGGAGGCUGAAAUCGCCACGUACAGAAGACUCCUGGACGGCGAAGACUUCAAUCUUAAGGAUGCACUUGAUGAGCAGAAGAAGGUCAAAGUGAUGACGGUCACACAGACACUGGUGGAUGGGAAGGUGGUGUCUUCAAGCACAGAGACCAAGGAAAGGAAACUCUGAACACCAGAAUAGAUCUCCUGGCAACACAACACAGACACCUCGUGUGCCAAUGCUAAAGUUUCCCAACUACGAGUUAGAUAUUUAUUAAGCCCAAAGUGCCUUAACAAAUUGUGUCUUUUUGCAAAUAGGCAAUGAGAAUUACCGAGCACAUUUCAAAAUUAAUUUAAAAUGACAACUCUAAUGUGUUAAACACCAAGCUAACCUGGCAUUAAGGUCAAAGAACUUUCUUACAUAUUUUUGUAAUGAUUGUUUAAGACUAUAUUGUCCCAUUUUGUUUCCAUGUUGUGUUGAGUUCAUUUCAAUUAAAGAGGACGUUUAUCAAA